CUCAGGCGCUCCGUAGCUGUGACGUGCGCGGCGGCGGGGCUCGCGGGCGCCGGCGGACACCGACCCGGCUCUGUCCGAGCAGGAAGCGAGCAGCCGCCGGCCGUCUUGUCUCCCUCGGCCUUCAGCGCCGCCCGCACACCUGCCCUGCCCCGCGCCGGAGACAGUAGAUAACCCUUCCAGACAUGGAGGAUGGGAAGCCUGUGUGGGCGCCACACCCAACAGAUGGGUUUCAGAUGGGCAGUAUUGUGGAUAUCGGCCCUGACAGCUUGACAAUCGAGCCCUUGAACCAAAAAGGCAAGACAUUUUUGGCUCUUAUAAACCAGGUGUUCCCUGCAGAAGAGGAUAGUAAAAAAGAUGUGGAAGAUAACUGUUCACUGAUGUACUUAAAUGAAGCCACAUUGCUCCAUAAUAUCAAAGUUCGAUACAGUAAAGACAGAAUUUAUACAUAUGUUGCCAAUAUUCUGAUUGCAGUGAACCCAUACUUUGAUAUACCUAAAAUAUAUUCUUCAGAUGCAAUUAAGUCAUAUCAAGGCAAAUCUCUUGGAACGAUGCCACCUCAUGUCUUUGCAAUUGCUGAUAAGGCUUUCCGAGAUAUGAAGGUCCUCAGGAUGAGUCAGUCUGUCAUUGUCUCUGGGGAAUCAGGAGCUGGUAAAACAGAAAAUACAAAAUUUGUUCUAAGAUACCUGACUGAGUCCUAUGGAACGGGUCAAGAUAUUGAUGAUAGAAUUGUUGAAGCUAAUCCACUCUUAGAAGCUUUUGGAAAUGCAAAGACUGUUCGCAACAAUAAUAGCAGUCGAUUUGGAAAAUUUGUAGAAAUACAUUUCAAUGAAAAGAGCUCAGUUGUCGGAGGAUUUGUUUCACAUUAUCUUCUAGAGAAAUCUAGGAUCUGUGUUCAAGGCAAAGAGGAAAGGAAUUAUCAUAUCUUUUAUAGGUUGUGUGCUGGUGCUUCUGAAGAUAUUAGGGAAAAGCUUCAUUUGAGCUCCCCAGAUAAUUUUCGGUAUUUAAACCGAGGCUGCACCAGAUACUUUGCUAACAAAGAAACUGACAAACAGAUUUCACAGAACCGCAAAAGUCCUGAGUAUCUUAAGGCUGGUUCCUUGAAAGACCCUCUAUUAGAUGAUCAUGGAGAUUUCAUUCGAAUGUGCACAGCCAUGAAAAAGAUUGGCUUGGGUGAUGAAGAAAAACUUGAUCUAUUCCGAGUUGUAGCUGGUGUCCUGCACCUUGGAAAUAUUGAUUUUGAAGAAGCUGGCAGCACUUCAGGUGGUUGCAAUCUGAAGAACAAAUCUACUCAGUCAUUAGAAUAUUGUGCUGAGUUACUGGGUUUGGACCAAGAUGAUCUUCGAGUAAGUUUGACCACAAGAGUUAUGCUAACGACAGCAGGGGGCACCAAAGGAACAGUUAUAAAAGUCCCCCUGAAAGUGGAGCAAGCCAACAAUGCCCGGGACGCGCUCGCGAAGACUGUCUACAGCCAUCUCUUCGACCACGUGGUGAACAGAGUGAAUCAGUGUUUUCCUUUUGAAACAUCCUCUUAUUUUAUUGGAGUCUUGGAUAUUGCUGGCUUUGAGUACUUUGAACAUAACAGUUUUGAACAAUUUUGUAUCAACUACUGCAAUGAAAAACUCCAACAAUUUUUUAAUGAAAGGAUUCUGAAGGAGGAACAAGAACUCUAUCAGAAAGAAGGCUUAGGUGUUAAUGAAGUACAUUAUGUGGAUAAUCAGGACUGUAUAGAUUUAAUUGAAGCAAAAUUAGUGGGAAUACUAGAUAUUUUGGAUGAAGAAAAUCGCCUUCCCCAGCCAAAUGACCAGCACUUCACAUCUGCGGUUCACCAGAAACACAAGGACCAUUUCCGACUCACUAUUCCCAGGAAAUCCAAGCUGGCAGUUCACAGGAAUCUCAGAGAUGAUGAAGGCUUUAUUAUCAGGCAUUUUGCGGGGGCUGUGUGCUACGAAACAACCCAGUUUGUGGAGAAAAAUAAUGAUGCUUUACAUAUGUCUCUUGAAUCCUUAAUAUGUGAGUCCCAGGAUAAGUUUAUACGGGAAUUAUUUGAAUCAUCCACAAAUAAUAACAAAGACACUAAACAAAAAGCAGGAAAACUUAGCUUCAUCAGUGUGGGAAACAAGUUUAAGACACAAUUAAAUUUGCUUUUGGAUAAACUUCGAAGUACUGGAGCGAGUUUUAUUCGUUGCAUCAAACCUAACUUGAAGAUGACAAGCCACCACUUUGAAGGUGCUCAAAUUCUGUCUCAGCUGCAGUGCUCAGGCAUGGUGUCUGUUUUGGACUUGAUGCAGGGCGGCUUCCCAUCACGAGCUUCAUUUCAUGAACUCUACAACAUGUAUAAAAAGUAUAUGCCAGAUAAACUUGCGAGAUUGGAUCCAAGGCUGUUUUGUAAGGCUCUUUUUAAAGCUUUGGGCUUAAAUGAAGUUGAUUACAAGUUUGGGUUAACAAAAGUGUUUUUUAGACCUGGCAAGUUUGCAGAGUUUGAUCAGAUCAUGAAGUCAGACCCUGACCACUUAGCAGAGUUGGUGAAGAGAGUCAAUCACUGGCUGGUCUGCAGUCGCUGGAAGAAAGUAGAGUGGUGUGCGCUCUCUGUCAUCAAGUUGAAAAACAAAAUAAAAUACCGAGCAGAAGCUUGCAUUAAGAUGCAAAAAACUAUUCGGAUGUGGCUUUGCAAAAGGAGACACAAACCUCGCAUCGAUGGUCUGGUUAAGGUGGGCACCCUGAAGAAGCGGCUUGACAGGUUUAAUGAAGUAGUAAGUGCCUUAAAGGAUGGGAAACCAGAGAUGAAUAAGCAGAUCAAGGACCUUGAGGUUUCUAUUGAUUCUUUGAUGGCCAAAAUUAAGUCAACUAUGAUGACAAGGGAACAAAUACAGAAGGAAUAUGACGCAUUAGUUAAAAGCUCAGAGGACCUCCUCAGUGCAUUACAGAAGAAAAAGCAGCAGGAAGAGGAAGCCGAAAGGCUGAGGCACAUUCAAGAAGAAAUGGAAAAGGAGAGAAAAAGACGUGAGGAGGAGGAGCAGCGUCGCAGAAAGGAAGAGGAAGAAAGGAGGAUGAAACUUGAAAUGGAAGCAAAGAGAAAACAAGAAGAAGAAGAAAGAAAGAAAAGGGAAGAUGAUGAAAGACGUAUUCAGGCAGAAGUGGAGGAGCAGCUGGCCAGGCAGCGCGAGGAGGAGUCCCAGCAGCAGGCAGUCCUGGAGCAGGAGCGCAGGGACCGGGAGCUGGCCCUGCGCAUCGCCCGCAGUGAGGCCGAGCUCAUCAGCGACGAGGCCCAGGGAGACUCGGCACUGCGCAGCUCAGAUUCCUGUCAAGUAACUUCUAAAAAUGAUGGAACAAGACUCAAAAUGACACCGGAACAAAUGGCCAAAGAAAUGUCAGAACUUUUGUAUAGAGGCCCCGCUGUGCAAGCCACCAAGGCCGCUGCUGGUACUAAGAAACACGAUCUUAGCAAAUGGAAAUAUGCAGAACUCCGUGACACCAUCAACACGUCUUGUGAUAUUGAGCUUCUGGCAGCUUGCAGAGAAGAAUUUCAUAGGAGGCUAAAAGUGUAUCAUGCUUGGAAAUCUAAGAACAAGAAGAGAAACACUGAAACAGAGCAACGUGCUCCAAAGUCUGUUACUGAUUAUGAUUUUGCACCAUUUUUGAACAAUUCACCUCAGCAGAACCCGGCCGUUCAGCUUCCUGCCAGGCAGCAGGAGAUUGAAAUGAACCGGCAGCAGCGAUUCUUCCGAAUCCCAUUCAUCCGCCCUGCUGACCAGUACAAAGAUCCCCAGAGUAAGAAGAAAGGCUGGUGGUAUGCCCACUUCGAUGGGCCCUGGAUCGCCCGGCAAAUGGAGCUCCACCCUGACAAGCCACCCAUCCUUCUUGUGGCCGGUAAAGAUGACAUGGAGAUGUGUGAGCUGAACCUGGAAGAGACAGGCCUCACUCGGAAGCGUGGUGCUGAGAUUUUGCCAAGGCAGUUUGAAGAGAUCUGGGAACGCUGUGGAGGCAUCCAGUACCUUCAGAGUGCAAUCGAGAGCAGGCAGGCGCGGCCCACCUACGCGACUGCCAUGCUGCAAAGCCUGCUCAAGUAGCUGCUGCCGACAGACUGACUGCUCUCCUGGGCGGCUGGGCUUGGGUGCAAUGGGAAGGCGGUGUGUACUGGAGGGGUGGCCCUGCCUUGCUCGUGUUAGGAUUGCUUAAGCAAAGUGAACAGAUUUUACUAAUCAUGGCCUUUCAUUAAUUUGUUUAAAGUUAAUUAAGGUUGGAGUGAUUUGGGGACCUAAAAAUUACUUUUCUUUGUCCAGUUGUAACUCUGAAUCCCCUCAUUAUUCCAGUGCUUGUCGGGCUUGGACAAAUUUCUUCUGUCAUUCUUUGCCAACAGACUGCCUUAAGUCCAUCAUGAUUGCUUUCAGGGAAAAGAGAACUCUACAGAUACUUCAAAAGACACAAUACCUUGUAACUGGAGUAAUGAAACAGUAGCUUAAAUUUUUUCUAAGAAUUAAGGCACUUAAAAUGACCAAGGCACUGAUGUUUGAAAAACAUCCCAAAAGCUAUGUAGUUUCUCUACUACUUCAGAAAUUCUUAGAUACUUCCAUCAACAAUGGGAAUUCUGAUUUUUCCCCCUUCUCCUUUGCAGUGUAUCUUUAGGUUGGGGAAGCAGUUCUUAUUAAUUUCUAGAAUUCUAGAAAGAACCUUAAUUUAUUCAGUAUGUUCAGUGAUGAAGGAAGUACUUGAGGGUCCAGCACUGAUUUGGUUUUCUGUUCUAUCAAACUCUGUGCUGUCAUCAGAAUUUUUUAAAAAUAUAUUUCAUGGGCAAGUAAAGGAAAUUCAGACUGUUUAGAUAUUUAAAAGUUUUGGAAUAAAUUUAAUUUCAUUUAGGAAGUGAAACAGUUUAGAUGGCUUAACUGGAUUAAAUUCAGAUACUUUUAGCUUCAUCUCAUUUGUGCUUUUUUGUAUGAGAAUCUUGUCCAAGUUGUUUCGUGUAUUUUAAGCUGGUGUUUGUUUCAAAUAUCUUUUUAAUUCCUGGUGUCUUUGGCCUUCUGUGAUUUUGGAAAGUAUAGAGCUGUUUUGUAAGCUUUAUAAUUUGGAAGCCCUUUUACUUAGUAAUUGCUUAUUUCAUGUAACAGGUAAUUUUUUAAAAAAGUUUUCUUUGUGUGCUGUUAGUCUUGGUAAAAUGUCAGCAGUUUCAAACCUAAUAUUUAUGACUUUCAUAUUAAGAAUUUUGAGACAAAAGUCCAUCAGGGAGUUAUACUGACAUAAUCCUAAAGAGUCUUGUUUGUAUUGUAGAAUAAAAUUAUUCUCUGCACCCUUUUUUUCUGAUUUUUAAGUACUCUUAACAUUUCAAAUGAAGUUUCAGUGAUUUUUUUUUCCCCCUUAGAAAUGUACCUCAGUUAGGAAAAUAUUUCCCAGCUGACUAAGUUAAUGUUUGGGAGCUACAGAUAUUGUUUUCAGAAUUGUUCCUCUCGUAAUAAUGUCAUACUAUAGAAAUACUUAUUUAUUAUCAUACUGUACAAAUGAUUGUCUUGUGCAAAGGAUGUCCAGGGGCCCUGUCUUUGCUAAUAGCUGAGAAUCUGGAUGUGAUCACUGUUUAGUGGGUGUUUUACCACUCGGACUUACCCAGCCUUGGGUCAUUUGGUGAUUGGGGCAGAAAGUGUAGUUACUGAAAUAAAUGACCUGUUCACUUUCUCCUAUUUUUUUUUUUUUACCUUUAAUUAGUGUUUUUAUUUGUGUAGGGUAGUGAGUGGUAUGCUUUAUUUCUUAACCAGUAAUAAGUAAAGUCCUUGAAAAAAAAUGUAGUAACCAAAUUGAUUUUUAAUGACUUGUCCUUUUAGUACCAUUUUCAAAAGUUGUUUUAUGUCUAUCCUAGGUACAUGAAAAACUAGAUGAAAAAUUAAAAAGAUAAAGUAUAUAAUGAAAAAACUUAAUGUUUUGUGAUAUUUGUAAGAAAUGUAGCAAAAGAUUGUUACAAGUCUUUUUAGUUUUUGACUCUGAUAGUUAAUAAAAUUAUAAUUAAUCGUAA